AUGCUCCGUUCGUCGAGAUCCUUUUCUGUAUGUGCCAGAUUGGCAAAGUGGAACGAAAUCCCCUUGGCUCCCCCAGACAAGAUCUUGGGUAUCAGUGAAGCCUUUGCUAAGGACACAAACUCCAAGAAGAUCAACUUGGGUGUUGGUGCCUACAGAGACGGCAAGGGUAAGCCAAUUGUGUUCCCAUCGGUCAGAAAGGCUGAAACCGUCCUUUUGGAAAACGAAACCAACAAGGAAUACACUGGUAUCAUUGGCUCCAAGACGUACCAGGACGCUGUCAAGAACUUUAUCUUCAACAACAGCAACAAGGACACCAACGGUGCUCAAUUGAUCAAGGACGGCCGUAUAGUCACUGCCCAGACCAUUUCUGGUACUGGUUCUCUUCGUGUGAUUGCCGAUUUCCUCCACAGAUUUUACUCUUCUGACAAUAUCAUUGUGCCAAAGCCAACCUGGGCUAACCACGUUGCUGUUUUCACUGACGCUGGCAUGAAGACUGAAUUCUACGCCUACUACGACAAGGAGAACAACGGUUUGGACUUUGCCAACUUGAAGCAGUCUGUUUCCAACGCUCCAGAGGAGUCUGUGAUCUUGUUGCACGCUUGCUGCCACAACCCUACCGGUAUGGACUUGACUCCAGAGGAAUGGGAAGAGGUUUUGGAGAUUGUCCAGAAGAAGAAGCUUUUCCCUCUUGUCGACAUGGCCUACCAGGGUUUCGCUUCUGGUAACACCUACGAGGACAUUGGCUUGAUCAGAAGAUUGAACGAGUUGGUUGUUGAAGGUAAGAUCCCAACCUACGCCUUGUGCCAGUCUUUUGCCAAGAACAUGGGCUUGUACGGUGAGAGAACCGGUUCCAUCUCGAUCAUCACCGAGUCUGCCGAGUCCCUGAAGGCCAUUGAGUCCCAGCUCAAGAAGUUGAUCAGACCAAUCUACUCCAGCCCUCCAAUCCACGGUUCCAGAAUCGUCGAGACCAUCUUCUCCAACCAGGACUUGUACAACGAGUGGUUGAAGGACUUGGACCAGGUUGUGGGCCGUUUGAACGUCAUCAGAGACAAGUUGUACCAGAAGUUGGACAAGUCCAACUACAACUGGGACCACUUGUUGAAGCAGAGAGGUAUGUUCAUCUACACUGGUUUGAGCGCUGAGCAGGUGAUUGAGUUGAGAGAGAAGUACUCUGUCUACGCUACCGAGGACGGACGUUUCUCCAUCUCCGGUGUCAACGAGGAUAACGUUGACUACUUGGCCGACGCCAUCAACCAGGUUAUCAAGAAAUAA